ACGGCGGUAAGCACAUGCGCGAAACACACAUUCCUAAAUUCAAAACACGAGGUGGAGUGGGAUUCUGUAGAAGUCUGUUGGAAACUACGUGGGGAUAUACCGUGUAUUGCUUGUCAGCGGAUUUAAUUGCGGUUUGUUGAAUUGAUGUGGGCGUUAGAUUGUGACUUGUCUCGACAGUUGAGCCACUUUGAUCUUCCAAUGAUCACCAGGGAUAACGUAAUUUUGGCUGUGAACUUCCAGUUUUAGACAGCGAUUUCGGCAAGGUGCAGGGUCGGCCUCGUCGAAGACCGGUUACCCUGGUACGGAGACGCUGUUGGAUUUUUUUUUAGAUUGGUCGAACCGCAUUUACUUUUUAAACUUUUCUGGAGCUUAAAGUUUGUUUCAGCUGCGCUGGACUCUUCAUGGAAUCUAGAGGAGAUAAGUCCAAACGAGGGAUUUCAAGUCGCGAUCCUUCUCCAGAAUCCAGCAAAAAUCGAUCGCGAAGGAAAAGGGACCAGUCACCGAAGAGCUGUAGCGGUGACGGCGUGGCGAGGGCGGCUCCUUGUGCGGGGCAAUCAGUUGCGUCAUCCGGGGCCGGCGGAGUAAACAAAACCGUGGGCGCUGGGCCGGAGACUGGUAGUUGUGGAUGCUCCAACUUGAAUGGGAUGAUUGAAAAAGAAAAGUGGAUGGCCAAGAUGGAAGACCCACUGGAAAAACAGCGAAUCAGGGAGCGGCUCAGAGCAAUGCCUUCUGGGAAAAAGGAUGGUGAGGACAAACAACGGGGCAGGGGACCAAUGGUCGUAAGACCUCCCUCUCCUUCCUCGCGCCCAGUAAGUUCAGGCUACUCUGGGCCCAAGGUUGAUGCGGCAAAGAGGCCCUGUACUCUUCGGACAAAACGGUCUCCCUCACCCAGACAGACACCAGAUUCCGUCUUUGCACAACAGGUUGUUUGUCGUUCAGGUUCCCCUACAUCACCUAGGAUACCAAGACACAGAUCAAGAAUAUCACCUGUGAGCUCACGCCCUCCUUCACCACCUGUCUCCUCGCUGAAGCGGAGUCCCUCCCCCUCACUGAAGCGAAGCCCCUCCCCCCAAGGAGAGAUCAGCAUUGCCAUAGCGGAGGAGAUUCUCCAGAAGAGGGUAGAGAGGGCGCUGCAUGCAAGACUCUACCUCCUCCAGCAGAGUGGACCAAACUCAUUUGUGAUUGGUGGGGACUCACCUAGUCACAAAUACAAGGUCACCAUUGGCCCCCAGAACUGCAACUGUAGCAAAGGGCCGUUCUGCCUACACGUGCUGUUUGUCAUGCUGAGAGUCUUCCAGGUGCCGGAGGGUGAUCCUGUCCUAUGGAGACGAACGCUCAUGAAUUACGAGGUGGAGGCGCUGUUCAAAAACUAUCAAGCGAGGCAGAACAAGCGGCUGAAGCGCUCAACCAAGUCUACCAGUCAGCGGGAGAGGAAGUCGUCCCAUGAUGCCUCAGCAACACCAGCAACCACAAGCUCAGGCACCAAUUCGCUCAACAGCACAUCAAGUAGUGACCAGAGCAACAAGGAGGAGGAUUUGUGUCCAAUCUGCCUCUUGGAGAUGGUGGACGGUGAGAGCCUGGUAGUCUGCCAAGAUGGUUGCCGCAAUAGACUGCACCACCACUGUGUAGCCAUCUGGGCAGCCGAGUGCGAACGUCAGAAUGAUCCCCUCAACUGCCCCCUCUGCCGCACAAAGUGGGACACGCCGCCUGAGGAUGGGAGUGAGGCACCCCCCAACACAAGGAAGCCCUCCCCAGCUCAAUCCCCUAGGCUGAUGAGGCGAGCCAGCCGGCAGAACUCAGAGGCCAGCGAGUUGCCCGUGGAAACACAGCCCUGGAUUGAGCUGUUCUCUGAGGAUCUCAUCCGUCCACUGUUCUCAAGGGAGUGGUCUCUUAGGGAGAGUGGGUUCCACCACUUGAGGCCAGCCAUACGUGCCAGGAUCCAGCCCCAGGAGGCUUCGGGCUACACAGCUGAUGAAGAGGCAGUGAUCAAGAUCUGCUGUAGGAUCUUAGCCCUUGGCUGUUCGGAUCCUGUCUACAAAGUCUACGUCGCUGCUCUGAAAGGACUUCGCACCAUGCUUUCCUGCAUUCAGUGCUUCAGCGAGACUGACCGACACCUCUUGAGAGAAGAACUUCGGCAAGUUGUCGAACCCAUCCUCUUCAAAUGUGCUGACGGAACCAGACGUACCAGCCAGCUGUCCAUAUCAGCUUUAAUUGAACUCAGCAAAGGACAGGCAGGGGAGCUAGCAGUUGGACGAGAAGUCUCAGCCUCUGAUUUUGUUGGCCUUGGUGGUGUGGAGUAUGUGGAAGAAUGCAUAUUUGACUCCUCGCUGUCCUUUGAGCCGGCUUGGCAACCACAUCUCGGCCGCCUCUGCGUCUUAGAGAAGCUGAUGAAGGAGUUCCCAGAGGAGUACAUGCCCAGCGAGGAGGUCGGGUCACUGCAGAUGGCUGGCUGCGACCGCCUGAUGAGGAUGCUCCGCUUUGCACUGACUGCCGCCCGCAACGGCCACAGCCGAAUCUGCAAGCUGGGCAAGAGGGUGUUUGUCAACGUUGCACGGAACACGGUCCAUGUGCCUGUGGUCUACCAGAGGGUGUGCGACUCCAUCCUGGAGCUGGAGGCGGACCUCCAACACGGUCUACGGCGACGCUUGACCAACAUCCUGGAUGACUUUGAGGCGUCAAGGAAUGUCGCCGAACGGUUGCAAGAGACUGAUCUGCAUAUAUAUGGCAGGGUAGUGCAGGAUAACGGUGAAACCUCUAGUCACGAAGAGGAUGAACUACUCAGCUUUGUCGGAGAACGUCUGGAGGCUGAGACACCUGAGAAGCGACCUCAAAAUGACAAGGAUCCAAAACCUGUUGCAGUUGUUUCUGAAGGUAUCCUCACACCACCUCAGACGCCACCUGUACGCCGCUCUUCACAAUCUAAACAGACGCUCUCCAAAAUCCCACAGUUGAGACAAGACAGGCACAUGUCAGGCAGGCCUCAUCUUGCCCUCAAAGCUGAAAACAGACCCGGUGCAAGUGAUUUCACGCCCAUCCAGUGCGAAGGAGAAGCUGCGGCCUCCAAGACGGAGGACCUCUCAGACCUGUCCCUGUCCAUCUCUCCGUGUUCCCCCACUGACCGCGCCAUCACCUUUAAGAGCGAAAUUGCCAAGGCCAGCACGCUGUCCCCGAAGCACGCCCCUGGAGGCCUGAGCUGCAAGGAACAGAUCGAGAUGGAGGAGGCAGAGGCCAUGGCUGUGGCCAUAGUGGCUUCGACCAUUCAGAGUCCUCUCCCGGUUGUUCCAGGUUUGACUCCUGGGAAAGGCGAAGACGUGAUAGUUCACGUUCAAAGUGAGGAUGGCGAAACCCCUCGAGAAAAGUGCUACGUGGAGAGAGAACACUGGGUGAAGGGAGUCCUCUUGGGUACUGGAGCUUUCUCCAGUUGCUACCAGUCCAGGGACAUCAGAACAGGGACCCUCAUGGCCGUCAAACAGGUAUCCUUCAUUCGGAACACAAAAUAUGACCAGGACAAAGUUGUGGAGUCGCUGAUGCGAGAAAUCAACCUCAUGAAGGAGUUGAACCACCCAAACCUUGUCAGACUGCUGGGCGCGACAAGACACAAUGGACACUUCAACGUUUUUGUUGAAUGGAUGGCAGGUGGUUCUGUGUCCUCGGUUCUGUCAGCUUAUGGUGCCUUUGAGGAGCCGGUGGUUCUUAAGUAUACAAAACAGCUGUUGACGGGGGUUGCGUUCCUACACAGCAAGCAUGUCAUACACAGGGAUCUCAAAGGGGCUAAUCUGCUUCUAGACAGUACCGGCCAGCACUUACGCAUCGCCGACUUUGGCACAGCGGCACAAAUGGCCUCAAAGGUCACAGCCGAAGGCGAGUUCAAAGGUGAACUCAUCGGCACCAUAGCAUUCAUGUCCCCCGAGGUGUUACGGGGAGAGCAGUACGGGCGAUCUUGCGACAUUUGGAGCAUAGGCUGUUGUAUGAUAGAGAUGGCCACUGCCCACCCGCCUUGGAAUGCCUCCGCAAUCUCCAACCACCUGCAGCUCAUCUUCAAGAUCGCUAGUGCUGAAGGGCCACCCCCAAUACCAGAUGAGCUGUCCACGGCUACCAGGGACCUCAUGCUGAGGUGCUUUGAGCAUAAGCCCGAAAACAGGGAGUGUGCUGCUGACCUGCUGAAGCAUGCCGUCUUCACCAGGUUGUGAAGGGAUGGACAACAGGUUAGUUUCUGCCGAGUUGCAUGAUGCCCGCACACUGCAGCAAGUGGGUGAAACCCUGCUUUGAAAGUAAUGGAUGACAGGCUAGUUGCUUCCAGUGCACAGGGCUUGCACCAAACAGUAAUCACCAUUGUGUGAAAGUGAUGGAUGACAGGCUAGUGGCCUCCAAUCUACAGGGCUUUCAACAACCAGUCGAUACCCUGGUGUGAAAGUAAUGGAUGACAGGCUAGUGGCCUCCAAGCUGCAAGAUGGAUACUGCAGCAAUCAGUUGGUACCCUGGCGUGAAAGUGAUGGAUGCCAGGCUGGUGGUCACCAAGCUUCAGGAUGGAUACGACAGCAAUCAGUCGGUACCCUGGUGUGAAAGUAAUGGAUGACAGGCUAGUUGCUUCCAGUCUACAGGGCUUGCACCAAACAGUAAUCACCAGGUUGUGAAAGUAAUGGAUGACAGGCUAGUGGCCUCCAAUCUACAGGGGUUUCGCCAACCAGUCGGUACCCGAGUGUGAAAGUGAUGGAUGACAGGCUAGUGGCCUCCAAGCUGCAAGCUGGAUACUGCAGCAAUCAGUUGGUACCCUGGCGUGAAAGUGAUGGAUGCCAGGCUGGUGGUC